CAGGACGAGAUCCAGAGACCAUUUUCCACUAAAACACACACAGCAGCACUCACAAACCGCCUCUCUCUCCUCCUAUACACGCCCCACAUACAUCAGUAUGUCUUUAGUACAGGCAGAGAGAGGAGAGACGGAAUAUUAGUAUUCAGAGCACAGGGAGGAAAAGGAGGAGAGGCAGCGAGCGAGCAAACGAGGGAGAGUGAGAGGGAGGGGACAGUAGGGAAAAAAAACACAAGGAGGGGAUGGAAAUAUAAGAGAAGACGAGGGGAAACCGAGAGGUAAAAGAGGGGAGGGGAGACAGGGAUCAUAUUGUUCAUUUCUUCCCUCUCAGUCUGCCUUCACCGGUUCCUGCUCGGACAGAUGGAUAGGUGCGGAAUGCCCCUUUACGAGCGACGCAUCUGAGUGAAAACAGCGGAGGAGAGAGAGCGGACGACGAGCAGCAGCAGGAGCCCAGCGGUUCCUGCGACGCAGAAAGGUGCAGUUGGAGGGUUUUCACGCAGACGUUGAGAAGUCAGCCUCCUGUCCAGGUGGAUUGGUGGAAGAGACGGACUUCACCGAUGCAUGCCACCCGGUCCUGCUGGAGCUAAACAUGCCGGCUCUGUUCACACCUUUCGGUGAAGAACGAUGGUUAUGAAUUCACAGGACAGAUAAAUCCGUUUCCUCUAUUGAAGAAACUUUUACACAAACCUGCCUUCCAAAUUCAGCAUGACCAACACCAAGAUUUGAGUCCAGAACAAGGGCCGUCUCAGCCUGGACCAGGACCGCCCCACGCAGAGUCGCUGCUGUUCUUCCUGCAUCGUCUUUUCCAGUUGACUCCUUGUGGAAAAAGGUGGACGGGCCGGCACUGUGCUUCUGCAGGAGGCCGUCUGAUCGGCGAGGGCGGCGCUGUCAUCGGCUGACUGCUGCGGUGGGAGUGCGAUGCGGAUUGGAGCAUGUCGGGGGACUGGGACGAAGACCUGUGUAAGAAGGCGCUGAUGCUUUUGGAGGAGCUGUGCUUCAACUCCCAGAGGGUUUACAGCCAGAGCAAACAGUGCCAGGAGUUCAGCUACCUGGUGAGGGGCCACAACAGGCAGCUGGACACAGAAAUCUCCGUCAGCCUGCUGUCGGUCAUCGUGACGUUCUGCGGCAUCGUCCUCCUCUCCGUGUCCCUCUUCGUCUCCUGGAAGCUCUGUUGGCUGCCAUGGCGGGACAAGGAGGGCGGCGGGCUGAGCCUGACGUCGGGGCUGCUGCCCGGGACUGCCGGGUUGGGAGGGGCCGCGGGGCCGUCGCUUUUACCCCCGCUGCUGCAGAGGAAGGAGGGCCACUCCUCUUCCUCGCUCUACCCCUCGCUGGGGCAGCAGGGACACCCCCACUUCUCUGACCUGGUGGGGCUGGAGAGAGGGGAGGGCGGAGGGGUACCUGGGGGCCCAAACGAGACCCAGGAGCAUUCGUACCUGGACAUGGACUCCUACCCCAACAGUGCUGGGACUUUGAAGCUGAGUCAAACGUCGCCGGAUGUCCCCAACUCAGAGGGCGGGGCCCAUCCCAACAAAGAGCUGCCCAACGCCCAUUCCCAGCAGCAGGUCACCCCGCGACCCAAGCCCAUGACUCACCAGCUCUCCAGCCCUGAUUUCCACGGCGAGGAUAAGGAGCAGGUCACCUGCAUCGGGCAGAUCAAGCCGGAGCUUUACAGGCCCAAAGGCGAUCAGGGCGAAGGCAAGCAGGGCGACACCUGCGGCAAGAUCUGCUUCCUGCUGCGCUACGCCUUCAAUACGGAGCAGUUGGUGGUGAAGAUACUGAAAGCUCUGGACCUGCCAGCGAAGGACGCCAACGGCUUCUCCGACCCGUACGUGAAGAUCUACCUACUGCCAGACAGAAAGAAGAAAUUCCAGACAAAGGUCCACAGAAAGACCUUAAACCCAGUGUUCAACGAGACGUUCCAGUUCGGCGUGCCGCUGAACGAGCUACAUUCCAGGAAGCUACAUUUCUCCGUGUACGACUUCGACCGCUUCUCCAGACACGACCUGAUAGGUCAAGUGGUGGUGGACAACCUGCUGGACUUCAGCGAGGGCAGCGGGGACAAACCCAUCUGGAGGGAUAUCGUGGAGGGAACGGCGGAGAAGGCUGAUCUCGGGGAGCUUAAUUUCUCGCUGUGUUACCUGCCCACCGCAGGCAGACUCACCGCUACAGUCAUCAAGGCCACCAACCUCAAAGCCAUGGACCUGACGGGUUUCUCAGACCCGUACGUGAAGGCGUCCCUGAUAUGCGAUGGGCGUCGGCUUAAAAAGAGGAAGACCUCCAUUAAGAAGAACACGCUGAAUCCCACGUACAACGAGGCGCUGGUGUUUGACAUUCCCAAUGAAAACAUCGAGAGCGUCUCCAUCAUCAUAGCAGUGAUGGAUUAUGAUUGCAUCGGUCAUAACGAGGUUAUAGGCAUGUGUCGAGUGGGCAGCGAUGCUGACGGUCCCGGGAGGGAACACUGGGCGGCCAUGUUGGCAAACCCUCGGAAACCAAUAGAGCACUGGCAUCAGCUCGUUGAGGAAAAAGCAAUUGGUACAUUCAUAUCAAAAAGUGCCACAACCCCCUCCCCUAAGCCGCAUAUUGUGGUGGACAGCCCCCACUCUGAUUGAAACGGUCAUUAUCAUCUCCACGGCUCCAGAUUCUCCUUUUUUUAUUUUCUCUCUUGUUUCUUCUCCUCUCAUCUGUGAAUAAUUCUCUCCAUCAAAGACAAGAGAGACGCGGAGACGCUGCCAGUGUCCAGCUGCUAGUGCCGUUUUGCUCCUGCUAAUGAAUACUCCAACUUCUGCGCUGUGUUUGCUGAGCUGGAGGGGAGGGGAUAGAGCUUCACCCAUCCUGAGCUGCAGCAUGAACAUCAGACUACACGUUACAAACACAUGCAGACAGGAACAAAGUCAGGUGUAAAUCUGGGACCUAGCAAGAAGCGCACACAUGUUCCUCUCUCUCUAUCUCUUACACUCUAUCUCUUACACACACACACACACACGCGCGCGCGGAUACACAGAGUUUGUAGUAUGUGUGUAGUUCAUGUGCUCUUUGGAUAUGUGUAGCAGUGACGUGCGGUUAGGAGAGGCAGUUGAGGCAGUGCUUCACCUGUAUGAGUAAAAAUAAGAAGUAAAAACAAAUUAUCCAUUUUCAUUUUCUAUAAAUUGUUUUUUUAUUGGUCAUUUCAACAUUUUUAUGGUCACAUUUGCUGAAUUUACGCUGCAUUGCCUGUUGAAAUGCUUUAAAGAAGUCCGGCGUGAGGCAGUGUAGUGUUGUACCUCACCUCUGGGGGGCGCUGUAUCACCAAUCUACUUGUUUAAUUGCAUAUUUUCUACACAUGUUGACUUUCCACAGUAUGUUUGAUUUAUUUAAUAAAUAUUUGGGACACAUUUAGUCUUUCUGAUCGGCCAUAAAUGUGCAGUGUAAAUGGGGCGAGUGAGGCAGAAAGUACCAUUCCUCACUGACAGGGGGCAGCGCUGAGCCUGAUAGCCCCAACAGGGGAUCUUCUUCUAUGCUCAGAGAUGGAACAAAAGGCCACUCUCUUUGGCUGCCAGAUUUUUGAAAAUAAAAGAAAAUCAGAAAUAAUUUAAUUAAUUGAUUUAAUUAAUUUUUUUAAACGACACAAUGAAAGAAAUAUUUGUGGAGGAUAGGUUCAUAUAAAAUAAAGGUAAGAUCACACACGAGUUUCAGUUCUAAUCAGAAAAGAGAGAGGUCAGCCAAAGGAAACAUUCAAAUAAUCAAAAAAUAACCUUAUUAAAUAUUGAUUUAUCUUUCUUGCUAUUUUAUUGUUAGAAUUAGUUAUAAUCAAAAUUAAAAUAUAGCUUCCAUGGACCCCGUCGGCGUGACGUCACAUGUGCAGGAUCCCACCUCCCUGCUGGAGGGCAAAAAGCUGCUCGCUAACAGUGACUAGCAUUGGUUUUAGCUGUUAAAUUGUCAAUAUAACACGCUAAAUCUUAAAUGUGCACCUGGUUAUAUAAAAGAAAAAAAGGAUGCAGUUCUUUACUACUAAUUUUCAACACUACAGUAACAACUAGAUAACAAGGUCAGGAGAAUGUUUUAACUAAGAAAAAAAUACUGAGGGAGAGAGAAGUAGUUCUGUUAUGCUAGCUUGACUAUGAUAAAUGUAACAUUUAGAUGUGCUGUGGUAUUCUGUGUGUUUCAGUUCAGUUAAAAAAAAUAAAACAGGCGACCUAAACACCAACUCUGACAGAUUAUCAGUAGAGCAGAUGUUUAAAUUAGCUAAUUUACCACCACAGUGUUAGCUUAGCUAAUAGCAGCGGUAGCUAAUCUAGCACGGCGACCACUUAUUGAUGAUCGCAAAACAAACAUAAAGCCUAACAACAAAAUACUGUGACGAACUUAGUGUUCUGGUCUUUGUAUGGGAAGUGUUUGGGUGUUUGUUGAUGCUGAAUCCUGAAACAAAGUGGCGUUGUUGUCAGUUGCUAUGGCAACUAGCCAGCGUUUAGCGCAGUCGAGGAAUAAAGCGAGAAAAAAGUAGUUUUGAGUUGUUCUUCAACGGAUUUUCUCCAUUAUUUUUCCCUUUGCUGUGACGUACUGCACUAAGCUAAUAAUGCCUACGUCUCCAGGUUUGGUCAAUAGUUCUACUGCGGCAGAAGGAAUCGUCUUUUUGCCCUCCAGCGAUUUCCGGAUGUAAACAAUAACAUGCACGGGGUCCAUAUUGGAUUUUGGACUCCGGUGAAGUCCGUGCCUCGCCGUUCGUGAGCCUCACCGCACGUCACUGAUGUGUUGUAGUUCAUUCUAGACACAAAAAAAUAAGAAAUAGAAAGCCAUCAUAGAGUGGUCAUUUCAACCAGGACCAAAGCUUCAUGCACUUGUACAGACUAUGGAGAGAAAGUUACGUUUCAGGAGGAGGAACAAAGAUGAUAAAAAACUCAAACCAUCCGUUGUGCAUCCGUUUGGCGGUUUGAGGGAAGACGUCGGGCUCCUAUUGAUGUCAGAUGAGCGGGAAAAUGAGGACGGACUCGUCGCAACUCGUACGCAACCUUGAAACGUGUCCCUCUUCGUCUUUUUCUUUUAAAUCAUCCAAACGUCUCGUCAGGAGGGGAACUUUCUCGCCAGACUUUUAUGGGUUUCCAGGAUCGGGGUUGGACUGUUUGGAUCACCACUCGGUUGUUUUUUUUCUACCAUUCCAGGACUUAAAGUUUUUGCUUUCUCAAUCGUAGAAAAGAAAAAACAGAAAAGAAAAAGUCAUUGUCACGCUUCAAAGGAUCAAAUUGUUGUCCAUAUCAUGUCUCUGACAGGACUUUAGAAGGACACACACUUCUGUGUUGCUUUUAUCAGUGUGUGUUUCAGUGUUUGUGGGCGUGUUUGUUUUGUACUUGUGUGUAUGUGUGUGUUUGACACGUAUCUGUGCUCACCGUCGUCCCUUCGUCCUCCUCCCAUCGUUUUUCCUGUCUCCACUCCUAAAAUUCAGGCGUCUGCACUGAGAAGUUUGCUUCAGACUUUGUCUCGAUUUGUGUCUCUAAAGUGUGUGAGUGUGUGAGAGACAAGAGGGCGUGUGUGUGUGUGUGUGUGUGUGUGUGUGUUCUACUCGUGCCUCAUUGCACUAUAGGUGGGGAAGCACCGUCUUUGAUAGACGUUAGUUUUUAUUGUCUAUGUUGUCUCUGAUAACUGCUGCCAGUCACCAGUCAGCCCUCCUCUCCUCUCGAACCCUUUUGCCUGAUGUAAGUAACCGUGUUAAUCGUGUUCUUCUUUCACUAAUUUAUGUGCUGAAUGUUGGCGCAAAAAACUCAGAUGGGAUCGAAAGUGGUGAAGUGCUGGUGUAUUUUGCUUAUAAUUAUUCAAAGGAACACAACAACUUAAAAAAAAAUAUGAAAAAACCGCUGCUUUACAGGCUGAUUACUGAAAGUAUGGAAGCCCAUUCCUGCCUAUUUUAAACUGGCACAUUGCAUGCCAUUAUCGGGACUUAAAAGUUAUAAUAAUGGCACUCAAAGGAAUCAUUUAGUUUAUAUCAAAGGCAUAUUUAGGAAAUAAAAUAUCAAAAUUGUGAGUUUGAAGGUCAUAAUUACAUUGAAAACGGUUUAAAAAUUAUUUUUUGUGCAAUUUAAAUUUUAAUAUUUAUGAAAGUAAAUUAAAAAGUCCUAUUUAUGUGACAAAAAUUGUCAGUUUUUAAAGUAGCAGGUUCAUAAAAUUCAGAAAUCUCAAUUCAAGUUAUAAAGAUUAAAAAAAGAUGUCAAUUAUUAAUUAAAAUAAAAAUUCUAUAAAAUUAAUUUUCUAUUAAAACAUUUCUUUCAUAGAAAAAUUGGGUCAAAAUUGGGAAUGGAACAUUUAUGAGAUUCAAAGUAAUAUAAUUUUAAAAUCUUGCAAAAACACAAUCAGACACUCAAAGCUAUGAUUUCAAAAGUAAUAAUUACAAAAAUGUGUCAUAAUUUUGAGUAAUAAAAUUAUAUAUUAACAUUAUUAUGAGAUUUAAAGUCAUACUUUGGAUCUGAAGUCACAAAAUUAUUUUUUUAAAGUAAAUAAAAUGAAAGAAAUUAGUUUAAAACUGAAAGAAUUUUUUACAAUUUGAGUUUCAAAAUAACUGAGUUAAGAAGUCAGUUUCAAAACUGUUUUUUUUUAAACCCUUGAUAAAUUUGAGAUAAAAAGUCAAAAUUCUGAAAAUCUGAAUGAUAAAUUUAUUUUCAUUCAAUCUCUAUCAAAUAUUCAAAUUAUCAUGAUAAAAUUCAAAAGUUCACAUUUCCCACCUCUAGCACAAGUAUUUUAGAAAUGCAAUGUGGCUGUUAUGGGGUCCCGUAUAUGUUUGGAUCCCCCUGAAACAAAACCCACGUGGAGGGAGGAAGAAAACAGCACUUAUAAACCAACAGUUAUAAAACCGCGCCUGUCACUGCUAAUGCGACUGAACUUGAGCAGAACAGUAACGCUCGGCGUAUUGUUGCCACUAAUCCGCUCCCGCACAAACACACGCCGUGUUCUCCAGAGGGGGGAUCUACUUUCUUUCUCUUUUCGUUUGGAUGAAGGAAAUCAGGUCACUCGCUCUCUGUUCUUUGUGUUUCUCCAGUCAGGGAAUGAUCAAUCAGCUCGUUGAAGGUGAUAUUGAUUCAUUGGAGCUCCAUAAUAAUUCUCCUCCUUCUCUUUCCCUUCGGCUCUCUUCUUCUCCUCCUUUUCAUUCCACCUGCUUGUUUUUAUUGUUUUUUUUCCAGCCCUCCAUCUUGUCAUGUUUCUUAUUGUUUGCCCUCUCUCCCCUCUCUCUCUCCUGCUGUCUUCUCUUGUUCGUGCCAGACCCGAAUGGUCACGGGGAAACAUGUUUGCAUGCUUAUAUUAACACGAAUGAUGUCAACUUGAUGCAAUGAAAAAUUCUAUAAGUGAUGCUUUAAGCAAAAUCUGACAAUGAACUUGAUACUAAUACUACUAAUGACGACUAAAUGGAGACCUAGCAGUUUAAUCUCUGUUGUCAAAAAACCUACAACGAUGAAAAUGACAUUUUAUGCUGUGUUAUCAGUGUUCUGUUUCCUUUCUGUCAGUUUACAGUUGUUUUUUAUAUAUAUAAUUUAUUCAAGAAGUUUACUUUUUUAUUGGUUGUUGGUGAGAUUGAGGGCGAUUGUUUCAGUCUGGACAGGUCACAGGAUGUUGGUGAAUGUGUAAGUAACGGCGUGGCUGAAGCAACAAUAAUGGAAAUAAAGGAUAUGUAUCAUCCGC